AUGGUGGCACCUACGGCUCUGAAAAAGGCUCAAAACGAUACUGCGGGCUCCAAUACCGCAGGUAGCACAAACUCCAGAAUAUUUGGCCUCGAAAACACUCAGCAGAUUGACGAGGAUGAUGACGAUGAGGUUUUGGUAGAUGCACAAGAGGCCUCAGAAGGCGCCGCUGCUCCAGAAGACAAAACCGUGGAAUCAAAUUCAGUGGUCCUUGAUGAGCAAGGAAAGCCUAGGUUUGCGUCUGCGGCGGCCUCUGGCGAGAUGAAAGUGAAGCCGGAAUCCAGAAAAGUCCCUGUUCCCCCACACAGAAUGACGCCGCUAAGAAACAACUGGACCAAAAUAUACCCACCUCUGGUCGACCACCUUAAGCUACAAGUCCGUAUGAAUCUCAAAACGAAGACUGUGGAGUUAAGAACGCAUCCUAAGCACACUACAGACCCUGGUGCACUGCAGAAGGGCGCAGACUUCAUUAAGGCCUUUACCUUGGGUUUCGACUUGGACGAUGCCAUCGCACUGUUGAGGUUGGAUGACCUUUACAUCGAGACUUUCGAAAUCAAAGACGUCAAGACCUUAAACGGUGACCAUCUCUCCAGAGCUAUCGGUAGAAUCGCGGGUAAAGACGGUAAAACAAAAUUCGCCAUUGAGAAUGCUACCAGGACCAGAAUCGUGCUCGCAGACUCCAAGAUUCAUAUACUGGGUGGUUUCACACAUAUUAGAAUGGCCCGUGAGUCCGUGGUCAGUCUCAUCUUGGGUUCGCCACCAGGAAAGGUAUACGGUAACCUACGUACCGUGGCUUCUAGGUUAAAAGAGCGCUAUUGA